UGGAUGACUGACAGCUGUCCUUCAUCACAACAGAAAUCCUCGUCCUCAUCAUCAAAAACAUGACUUUGAUCUGCGUCCUCAUCUGGACUCUCCUCCUCUGCUGCUGCUUCACAGAGUCCAGAGGACAGGUCACAGUGACUCAGCCUGCAGCAGUGACCUCUGCUCUGGGAGCCUCCGUCUCCAUCUCAUGUAGAACCAGUCAGAAUGUUUAUGGUAGCAACCGUUUAGCCUGGUACCAACAGAAAGAUGGAGGAACUCCUAAACUCCUAAUUUACUAUGCUAGCAAUCGAGCAUCAGGGAUUCCAGAUCGUUUUUCAGGCAGUGGAUCAAACUCUGCCUUCACUCUGACCAUCAGUGGAGUCCAGACUGAAGAUGCAGCAGUUUACUACUGUCAGAGUAUACACUCUAUCAACAGUCAGUAUGUGUUCACACAAGUAUGGGUGAACAUGGGAUGUGGCAGCUCAAGACUGCUUUCUGUUUUUGUCUCUGUAUCCUCAGAGUCCAGAGGACAGGUCACAGUGACUCAGCCUGCAGCAGUGAGCUCUGCUCUGGGAGCCUCCGUCUCCAUCUCAUGUAGAACCAGUCAGAAUGUUAAUGUCUAUAACAGUAACCACCUUUUAGCCUGGUACCAACAGAAAGAUGGAGGAACUCCUAAACUGCUUAUAUACGCUGCUAGCACUCGAGAAUCAGGGAUUCCAGAUCGUUUUUCAGGCAGUGGAUCAAACUCUGCCUUCACUCUGACCAUCAGUGGAGUCCAGACUGAAGAUGCAGCAGUUUACUACUGUCAGAGUGAACACUAUAUCAACAGUCAGUAUGUGUUCACACAGUGAAAAAGCGUCGUACAAAAACCUCCCU